AUGGCAGCAACCUCAACUUCACUCUUCUCCUCCCAUCUCCAUUUUCUCAACUCUCAACCUUUCUCUUCCACACACUCCUUCUUCCAGAGUGUCCAUUCUACCCUCUCCUUCCCUCCUUCUAAACCUUCUCGUGGCGUUGUCGCCAUGGCUGGCUCUGGCAAGUUCUUUGUUGGUGGCAACUGGAAGUGUAAUGGGACCAAAGACUCCCUCAGUAAGCUUGUCUCUGACUUGAACAGUGCAACAUUGGAGCCGGAUGUUGACGUUGUUGUUGCACCGCCCUUUGUGUACAUCGAUCAGGUGAAAAACUCAAUUACGGAUAGAAUUGAGAUUUCUGCCCAGAAUUCUUGGGUGGGAAAAGGUGGGGCUUUCACUGGCGAAAUCAGCGUUGAACAAUUAAAAGACCUCGGCUGCAAGUGGGUUAUUCUUGGACAUUCUGAGCGAAGGCAUAUAAUUGGAGAAAAUGAUGAGUUUAUAGGUAAGAAGGCUGCCUAUGCUUUGAGUGAAGGUCUUGGUGUGAUAGCAUGUAUUGGGGAACUGUUACAAGAAAGAGAAGCUGGGAAAACUUUUGAUGUUUGUUUCCAGCAACUGAAAGCUUUUGCAGAUGCAGUGUCAAGUUGGGAUAAUAUAGUCAUUGCCUAUGAGCCUGUAUGGGUAAUUGGAACUGGCAAAGUGGCCACGCCCGAGCAAGCCCAGGAAGUCCAUGCAGCUGUACGUGAUUGGCUUAAAAAAAAUUUCUCAGUUGAAGUUGCGUCUAAAACGCGAAUUAUUUAUGGAGGGUCUGUAAAUGCGAGCAACAGUGCUGAGCUCGCAAAGAAAGAAGAUAUUGAUGGGUUCCUUGUUGGUGGUGCUUCGUUAAAGGGUCCUGAGUUUGCUACCAUUAUCAAUUCAGUCACAUCCAAGAAAGUUGCGGCUUAA